CGACAUUAGUAAUAAGUUUGACACAGAUAACAGUGAGAGGUGUUUGAAGUAAAUUGAUAUUCUGAUAUUGAACGUGGAUGAUGAAAAAUGAAUUUAAUGAGGAUAUUGAGAGAGGUCCGAAAUGUGGAGUGCGACACGUACAGGUCUCCCUCAUAUUUCUUCUCAACUUCGUUGCAUACAGCAUGAGAGAUUCAGUGUCUAUAGCGAUAGUUGCUAUGACGGACAAUUCUACGACAACGAAUCCCAGUGUUCCGACAUAUAACUGGACCAACAAAAAUGUAGUACUAUCGUCAUUCUUCUGGGGCUACAUAAUUCCCCAAGUGUUCAUGGCCGUAGUUAUGAAAAGAUACGGUACGAAGAGGAUUCUUAUCAUCAGCAUGACAAUCAAUUGCAUCAUAUGCAUUCUCACUCCUGUGACGGCUGAUACGUUUGGUUCGUACGGGAUGAUGGCCUGCCGUGCUCUACAGGGGUUUGCUCAAGCUGGUGUUCUUCCAGCCCUAUACAGCGUCCUCUCCCAGUGGGCUCCACCGGCCGAGAGAUCCUUUCUUGGAGCACUUGGUGGUUCCGGUUCCCUUCUGGGCGUUAUAGUUACAAUGCCGGUCACAGGUUUUUAUGUUCGUCCAGUUGGGGCUGGCCAUGCAGUUUUUAUUUCAACGGUGCUUUGGGUGUAAUGUGGUUGGCAUUGUGGAUAGUUCUCGCUGCUGAUACACCUUUUGACCACAAAUUCAUCUCGCAAGUGGAGAAGAAGUAUAUUACUUCUUCUUUGGAUCACGAGGAGAAAACGCAGAGAAUGGUGUUGUUUCAUCACUCCCAUUUCUAGCUAAUUUCAUACUUGGAUUCAUUUUCGGGUAUGUUGCCGAUACUGUUAUUAAAAAAAGAAUAAUGAGUCUGGAAAGAUGCAGAAAAGUAUUUGUUACCAUAUCUACAGUUGGACCAGCAAUAUGUUUGGUUUCUUUGAGUUUUUCUACCAGAAAAUGCUACAAUCCUCUCUUGCGUGUUGAUGGUUCUCCACCAGUCAUUCAGCGCGGCAUACCAAGGUGGUAUCUCGAUGAGCUACCUGGACAUUUCACCAAAUUUUUGUGCGAUACUUAUGUCCAUCACCAAUGCUGUUUGUACCAUAUGCGACAUCGUAGUUCCGCUUUUGGUGCAGGUUAUAGUCACAGAUGAGUCUAACAAGAGUCAGUGGACGAUAAUCUUUCUGAUCGCUGCUGCAAUGUACAUAUUUGCAACUGUCGCAUUUGUCUUCCUGGGAUCCGGAAAGGUUCAGUCAUGGGAUGAUAUCACAGAUAAAAAGGCUGCAGUUGGCAGUGAAGAUACUGAAAAUUGUAAUACUGAUAUAAAUAAAUGAAAUUUUCAUUUGCGUUGUAUAUUCAGAUAUGGAUUUAAG